AUGCAAUCAAUGCCAAGUUCUGGAGAGCACAACGCUGUGCAGAUAGCUGAGAAAGCUAGAAAAAGAAGAAAGCGGGUUUCGAAGGAUGUUAAGCUCUCAGCAGACCAAAAACGUGAAAACCAUGUGUCGUCAGAGCAAAGAAGGCGACAGGCUAUGCGUGACUCCUAUGACAAGCUCGUAGAGGUGGUACCUGGCAUUGAAAAGGCAGAAAACAGAUCAGAACUGCUCAUAUACACAAAAACCUACCAUUACCUAAUGUGGUUAUAUGCGAGAAACAGUACUUUGAGAAAGGAGCUGGGAGAAAAGGCCGUAGCCAAGGGCAUGCAUGGCUUUUCUGAGGACAAACUGCCUGGACAUUUGCAUUGGUCUACACCUAAAAAGUAA